AUGAAGUAUAUCGUAUUAUCAAUUAUUCUCGUGGGAACUUUCAUUCAAACCGAAGGUUUUGUUGGCGGAUUAAGACGCACAUGUGAAUGCAAAGCUGUAUCUGAUACAGUGCAUUUUCCCUUUCACAAAUGGAAAAUUUCCAGCUGUAUGUUUUGCUCAUGUAAUGAUCCGGCAAUGGCUAAUUGUGAACAAGCUUGCCGAGAUAUGGUGAAAAAUUACGCCUCGACAGGUUGUGGAAAAACAAUAUCAGGUUCGAAGACGGUAUAUAAAUAUGACGCAGGUGGCUGUGGGAAAGCUGUUGGAAAAGAAGUGUAUACAUGUGCUUAA